UGUUCUUUCCCAGGAAAAUGGGGGGCAACCAGACUUCUGUCACAGAGUUCCUCCUGGUGGGAUUCCCGCUCAGCCCAAGGACGCAGGUCAUCCUGUUUGGGCUCUUCUCCGUGUUCUAUGCCUUCACCCUGCUGGGCAACGGGGUCAUCCUGGGGCUCAUCUCACUGGACUCCCGACUGCACACCCCCAUGUACUUCUUCCUCUCCCAGCUGGCCACUGUCGACAUAGCCUAUGCCUGCAACACAGUGCCCCAGAUGCUGGUCAACCUCCUGAGCCCAGCCCAGCCCAUCUCCUUUGCUGGCUGCAUAACGCAGACUUUUCUCUACUUGACUUUUGGUCACACCGAAUGUCUUCUCCUGGUGGUGAUGUCCUAUGAUCGCUAUGUGGCGGUCUGUCUCCCCCUUCGGUAUUCUACCAUCAUAAGCUGGAGAGUCUGUGUCACCCUGGCAGUGACUUCCUGGACUUUAGGAUUCCUCCUGACCCUAGUAGAUGUGGUAUUACUCUUACCAUUGCCCUUCUGUGGGCCCCAGAAAGUAAAUCACUUUUUCUGUGAAAUUCUAGCUGUUCUCAAUGUUGCCUGUGCAGAUACUCACUUUAACAAAGUUGUGGUUUUCAGUGUGGCAUCAUUGGCACUGGUGGGACCACUGUCUGCAAUUGUGGUCUCCUAUGGUCGCAUUGUGUGGGCAGCCCUGAGGAUCCAGUCUGUAGAGGGUCGUUGGAAAGCUUUCUCCACCUGCUCCUCCCACCUUUGCGUUGUUGGGCUCUUUUAUGGCAUAGCCAUGAUCAUGUGUGUUGGACCCCAACAUGGGGACCCCCAGGAGCAGAAGAAGUACCUCCCCCUGUUUCACAGCCUUUUCAAUCCUUUGCUGAAUCCCCUGAUCUACAGUCUGAGGAACCGAGAAGUCAAAGCUGCUCUGAGAAGGAGGCUGGAAAAGGGGAGACCUUCGUGAGAGCCUCACAGAUAAAAGGUAACUCAGCUUACAGGGACCCUAGA